AUGCAAGAUUCACCCAGCUCUCUGGUGAUGGAUGGAUACUCCAGCAAUGUGCCAGCCUUCCUAACCAAACUCUGGACACUGGUGGAAGAUCCUGAGACAAACCAUCUCAUCUGCUGGAGUACUAGCGGCACCAGCUUCCAUGUGUUCGACCAAGGACGGUUCGCCAAGGAGGUGCUGCCCAAGUACUUCAAACACAACAACAUGGCCAGCUUCGUCCGGCAGCUCAACAUGUACGGCUUCCGCAAGGUGGUGAACAUCGAGCAGGGCGGCCUGGUGAAGCCCGAGCGGGACGACACCGAGUUCCAGCACCUCUGCUUCCUGCAGGGCCACGAGCACCUCCUGGAGCACAUCAAAAGGAAGGUGUCGGUAGUGAAAAGCGAGGAGACCAAGCUGCGCCAGGAGGACCUCAGCAGGUUGCUAUACGAGGUACAGAUACUGAGAAGUCAGCAAGAGAACAUGGAGUGUCAAGUGCAGGACAUGAAGCAGCAAAAUGAAGUUCUCUGGCGGGAAGUUGUUUCUCUCCGUCAGAACCACACACAGCAACAGAAAGUGAUCAACAAGCUGAUUCAGUUUCUGUUUGGCCAGCUCCAAUCAAACCCCAGCAGCACUGGGAUAAAGAGGAAGCUACCUCUGAUGCUUGACAAUGGGAUCUCAGCUCCGCAGGUGCCCAAGUUCAGCCGGCAUUUGUCUACGGACCCUCUCCAUGACCCCUAUUUCAUUCAGUCGCCAUCAACAGAACCUGCCUCAUGCUUAAGCAGCCCUGCAAUUGCUGGAGGACCCAUCAUCUCUGAUGUUACUGAAGCGUCACCAUCCAACGUUAUAAAUAUGCAAUCCCCUCCUGAUAAUGAGAGGGAGAAGAGCCUCAUGCUGAUCAAGGAAGAGCCCGUCAGCCCUGGAGUGAAAGCUACCACUGAACCCGAUGUCCCACUGCCAGGCUGCCGGGCUUGUGCCGAGCCCCCGGUGCUCCCAGUCGCCAUGAUUCAGUCUGUUCUAGAAGGUAAAGGGAGUUGUGGUGCAGCCCCGCCGGGGACCUUGCAGCCACCUGAGAGAAGAGGCAGAAGGGCACUGCUGGACAGAACAGAUAUUUCAGACCCAUUGGAGGGCAGCGACUUGGAAGGCUUGCAGCUGCUGCUGAGGAGCCAGCAGUACGGCCUGGAGCCUGCCAGUAUCCUGGAUGUCUUUAAUCCAAACUUGUCUUUGAGUGAGUGGAAUUUGACUGAAAUGGAAGCCGGUUUGUCCCCAGUAAGAGAGAUGCAGCGACUCACUGUGGACCUGGAGAAGAAUGCAACUGAGCUGUCCUCGAAAGCGUUCAACCCACCGUUUAACAAUGCCUGCCCAGGGAAAGAUGUCAUUCUUGAAAGCGCCCAGCAGUUCCUCAUCGAUCGUCAGUCAAUUUUUGGAAAUGACAUUAUCAGCUUGCCUGAAAGUUCAUCACUUUAUGUUCCAUCUGAAAACAUGGCUUCUUACCUGUCCUCUGCGGCUGUCCAAGCGGAUAUUCCAUUAAACCUGAGCGCUUCAACUGACAGCAACCAGUGAUUUAGCGUCCAAGACAGUUGCAUCUCCCUCCCAUCCAUCCAAAUAUCUACAGGUUUGAAUGUAAAGAAACAAAAGUGACUCAGAAACCCACCACAGAGUUGUGCCUUUUCUUUUUGAGUAGAUGAAAAUGGUCAGUAGCUGUUGCAUUACCUUCUCUGCCCCUGAAUUUCAGUGUUUGUCUAGAAUAAGAAUUUUAAACCAAAAUAUUGCUUUGGGGUGUUUGUAGGGGGAGGGAGGAUGGGAUUCUUCUACAAAUUUCAGACCUAAUAAGAAAAUCUUCUGAGAAUUUGAGUGAAGGGUAGCUUGAAAGUCUGUUAGGGGCUUCAUAAAAUAAAGCAAUCCUGACUAGUAUCUGCAAAGGCAAACUGUUGGAUUUUGUUGGGGCAACACAAAUCAGCACAGAGAUGCAGGGGCCUUCUGAAUGCUUUUUUCUAAUAGGAAAUUGGGUCUAUAUGCCAACCCAAUGCUCUAAAAAUAUUCUCUUAUUAUAUUUAUUUAUUUAUUUAUUUAUUUUUCUAAUGGGAUGUACUUGUGCUUCUCCCUUAUCCUCCCAGGCUGAGUUUGAAAAUGAAGUUCCCUUGGGUAUGCAGCAGACCUCUUUGCAGGUGACCACUCUAAAGAAUGUGGCUGUAGCUCCUAGGGGAGCUAGAAACCAUUGCAGACCCCACAACAAAUUGAGAGAGGGUUUUUUUUUUUUUUCAAAUCUAUUUUCUCUGACGUAAAGAUAAAUACUUAAAAAUAUUAGUCUUCUUCUGCAUACACCAUUUUCCAUUUGCGAAGAGGACAGAGAGAAUACACUCCUGGUUUUGGUGCUGGCUCAGUGUUUCAUGUCUAGUCCAAUUAUAUCUUGGCCUUGACCUGUUUUGUUUCCUCUGAAGAAGAUGAGCUUGUUGGUUUAUUGACAUAAAAAUGAUGAACCAGAUUAGUCAUUUGGAGCUCUUUUUUAGAAAGACUUUCAGCUGCAGGUACCUGCUCUUUGUAGGUGAGAAGGCAGAAGGAUUAGUCCACAAUGUCCCACUAACUUUUCUUCUGUCCUUUAUGCAUCUGAGACCAGCCUCCAAAGGUUGAAUUCCUCUUCCAUGUGGUUUCUGACAAAUGAGUUUCUCAGCAAAGCAGAGCUUUGGUUUUUAUGCUGUAGUUCUAACGAGAGCAGUAGAUUUUAUCACGUAUUAUGUAUCUCAAUAUUCUCUAAUUAAGUUGCAUUUCCUGAAGAAAGCUACUGAGCCAACUACACAAAUGCAGUAAGGCAGACCCAGGAAAUUCCAACCUAACCAGGCCUUCCAGGGGCCUGGACAGGGAGAUAUAAGCCAUGCCAAUAUCGUUUGAAGAAAUGCUCUGCCCACUUUCAUUGCCAUGGUGAUUCAUGGUACCAAACUGUAUUUCUGAGCAUCUUGAAUGGUUGAGCAGCAUCCACCCCAAAAUGUACUCAGCUAAAUGCAAGCUCAAAUUCCCCUUAAUAAGAUAAAGAUAUUUUAAAUUGGCUUUCCUGUCACAGCCCUUUCCUCCAUCCAUUUAUCAGUAUGUGAACAGAUGUAUCAUUUCAGAAACACUGACCUUUCAGCACAUUUUUCCCAGCUGACUACAAAUAUAUGCAUGCUGGGAGCUCCUGUCACACUUGAGUGGUAUAGUCUUUGCAGAAGUGAGGUUGUGCGAACCUCUGAAUUAAUUCCAGCCACUGUUUUUAUGUUCAGGACUAAGGGAAAAAAUUCUGGCAGCCCCCCCUGGCCUGGUAUUUAGAUGGUGUGCUUGAGUGUAUCAUGGACAAGGUUUCCUUUUUUGGCAGAUAGAUAUGUGCUUUGAAAGUUCUUCUGGAUCAGCCCAUUUGCCACCAUAUAAUGUCAUUUUCAGCAACGUACAGAGCUAAAACUUGUUGAGUUGUACUCUGUUUCCUUUUUUUUUCUCUCUCAUAGGAAGUUUAAAAUUGUCUGGUGUCUCAUAUCACCUGACAAAAGUAUGUUAUCCCUGCUCAAGAUUUACAUCCUUCUCUGAAUCUUCACAUCCUAGAUAGCCUUUAUGUUAACACUGAAUGCAUUGAUUCAAUAAGGUAUUUAAGCACACGCAUAACUUAGAGCUUCGGAGAAGUUGUCCUGAUUUUUAUUAAGCCUUUCAUAAGCUCCAAGUUAGACAUAUGCUUCGAUUUCUUACUGAAUUGCCUAGCUGUGGUCAAAAAAUGAACCGUCUUAGGAUAGCUGCUUGCAAGUAGGCAAAGACAUGCAGCUCAGUCAACAAGGAUGCUUGACUCCACCUUAGACUGCAUUUUUUUAUAGUGCCUGCUAUUAGACUGUACUUGCUGUCCUCUCAGAAGCCAUUCUGGCAUGGUUCUUGUGUUUUUUUUUUUUCUUCAGGCUUUUUGCUCUACUGUGAACAUGAGAUUGGAUCUUGAUGGUAAGAAAAGAAACCCCAGGAACAUUAUUCUAGGGUAACUCCUGUGAAGAAGCAAACUUGUGUUCCUUGGCUUUUUACACUGUUAACUUUACUUGAAGGUGAUGUGCUGAGACUGCUUUUUUGCACUAUGCUGUACAUUUGUAAAGUUUUACAGAAAACACUAAUUAAAUAUGUUUCCUUUUUCUCAUUUA